AUGAACGUGUUUCCGUCGUUCUCUGAUGCCAUCGUAUUUAUUCCUGGCCAACCAAUGCCGUCAUUUGAUUGGAAUCAGCGUGAGACUCACAAGGAGCCAAAAACAUCGAUGCUGGACCAGGACCGAGGAACUAUCCAUAUCAUAUGUGAAGAGGGGGGUUACUACGGAUACGGUAACCCGGACCUGACAUGCCGCAUAUCCUGCCGAGCCGUCGCUUAUCCGAUCGACUUCAAUUGGGACGACGGUGAUUACCGCCCUUCAUCUGUUCAGGGAUACCUUAGCCCUGUCGAAAUUGUACGAUCUGGUUGGCUUACCCUUGCUGAGCAUCAGUACAAUUUGACAGUGCACAUGGGACAUAUCGUUUGCUCGUGCAAACCGAGAGUCCACCGAAUAUGGACCACUGCUCACGAAGAGGAAAUUACUGCAUGCGGUUCCAUCCAGGCUUAUUCAUUUCCUGUGCUACUUCAUAUUUUUGGAGUUAGUGGCUCCGAUGUCCUAGGACAUCGAUUUCAAAAUGGCCGGCAAAAUCUCCAGGGGCAGACCAUCCCUUGGCACUAA